UCAGACGCGGCAGGUGCUCGGUUAACUGUUUCUAUUUUGCCCAACAAACAACACACACAGUGCCUGAGAAUUCGCGAUCAUCGUCAUCAGCAUCAUAAUAAUAUAAAAAGUUUAUUUUUUUUGUUUUAUUAAUUCGUUUUUAAUAAGCCACCAAGCCAGCUGCUUCGAUUAUUGUUAUUGUUAUAUACGUUUUUUUUUUUAUUGUGCAUAGUUUUGCAUAAAUACCUUGAAGUUAACGUUGAAACAUAUUUUUAAAAUACUGUUUUUAUUGUGUACUCGAACCUCGCUCAAUGUUCAGACGUGAUAGUUUUCAUUAAUUGAAUUGUACUGUAUUAUUAUUAUUAUUUCGUGAAUCGCUUCGAAUCGAAAGGUGUCAAAAUGAGAUUCAUACUAAGCAAGAAGUUCGUUAUAUGGCUGGUGAUUGCCGCCCUAAUGGUCACGGGUUUGACACUGGGCCUCGUCUUUGGUUUAAGAUCGCGUGAGACGCGAUACAUCACUGGCGCCGUCGUCUCCAAUGGCAUCGGUUGUGCCGAGGUCGGUGGCACUAUGCUCAAGGAUGGCGGCUCCGCUGUGGAUGCUGCGAUUGCCACGCUCCUCUGCGAGGGCAUCAUGUUGCCCCAUUCGAUGGGCAUUGGCGGCGGUUUUGUGGCCACGAUUUACACGCGACGCACUCGGAAAGUGGAGACGGUGAUUGCCCGCGAAUCGGCGCCAGCUGCAGCCCACAAGGAGAUGUUUGUGGGUCAGGAGUCGGUGACGGGUGCCACGGCGGGCGCUGUGCCCGGCGAGAUUCUUGGCUAUUGGGAGAUGCAUCAGAAGUACGGACGUCUGCCGUGGAAGAAUCUCUUUCAGCCAUCGAUAAAAUUGGCACGCGAAGGACAUGUGGUGUCGCGUUAUUUGGCCGCUGCGAUUAAAUCGAGACUCACCCAAAUCCAAAAUGAUCCGGGACUAUCGCAAAUGUUCCUCAACGAGCAGGGCGAGCCCUAUGAGGAGCAUGAUUAUAUGAAGCGCACCUCCUUGGCCAAUACGCUCGAGCGUAUUGCCAACAAUGGAGCUGGCGAGAUUUACGAUGGCGGCGAGACGGGCGUCAAGUUUGUCGAGGAUAUUCAGAAACUGGGUGGUAUUAUCACUGUGGAUGAUCUUAAGAACUUUAAAGUGCGCUGGGAAAGCGAUGGUCAUAUCUCGGCCAAUGUAACGGGUGGCUUCACGCUCUACACGACGCCUCUGCCCUCGAGUGGUCCCGUCCUGGCCUUCAUACUGAAUGUGAUGAGCGAAUUGUAUGCGAGUGACGAAGCCGUCUAUUGGCAGCGUGCGGUGGAGACCUUCAAGCAUGCUUACGGUCAGCGAACCAAUCUGGGUGACUAUGAGAACGAUCCGGAGUAUGGUCAGAGCAUUAAGGAGCAGCUGGAGAAGAUCCUUGGCGAUGAGUUGGCCACGAGUGUGCGACAAUUGAUCAAGGAUGAUACAACGUCACAGGAUUAUUUGCAUUACGGUGCAAAUUUCACUGUUGAGCCCGAUCAUGGCACAGCGCAUAUGAAUGUGCUGGCUGCCAAUGGUGAUGCCGUAUCGAUAACGAGCACAAUUAACACAUACUUUGGAUCCAAGGUGGCAUCACCACAAACGGGAAUUAUCUUGAACGAUGAGAUGGACGAUUUCUCCACGCCAGGCGUCAUCAACGGCUUUGGUGUGCCAGCGUCGCCCGCGAAUUACAUUUAUCCACAUAAGCGUCCCAUGUCUUCGAUGAAUCCUUGCAUCAUUGUCGAUGCCAAUGGCGAUGUGCGUCUACUUGUCGGUGCUGCUGGCGGCACCAAGAUCACAACGAGUGUGGCAGCGGUAAUAAUGAAGUAUCUCAUACGCCACGAGGGCAUGAACCGGGCAGUCAAUGAUGGUCGGCUGCAUCAUCAGUUGAUACCGAUGGUGGUCGACUAUGAGGAAGAUGUCAGUGAGGAGAUUAUCGAAUAUCUGAGAAAGGUCGGACACGUGAUGACCGAUAAUCCCGGCGAUGGUGGAUUUGCGGCUGUGACCGCAAUUGGUGCGCUCAAUGAGCCGGAGCCAUUCUUUGAUCGCCGUCGAGUUGGCAGCGUUCUCACCGUAACGGCGACAAACAAAAUGCAGCAUUAGUGCGUUGAUGUCGCUAACAGAAGCGUUCGAAUGGGCAUAUAUGUAUGAUUGUACAUACAUAUAUACAAUAUAUAUAUGCUGAAUGGCCCGAUUGGCGAUUUGCCAUUUUAUUUAUUGAACUAUAAUUCUAGUAUAUAAAACAUGUAUAGUUAACGCGACCUGUAAAUAUGUUAACUGGGAACUGUACACAUGUAUACAUACACCCCUUCCCACCCCACAUAUAUAAUUAUUAAUUGUAAAAUUUUGUAAUGUAUAAAAAUGAUGUAAAUAAAUAAAUGUUAAUUCUCGAA